GCGACAGCUUCACUUUGGCUGGGAGCGCAUCUGUGUGCUCCGUUCCUCCGUUCAUUACCAAAGGUCUGUCCAAACGCAUUCAAGACCAGAAUCCACAGCUAACGGCAUCUUUUUUCAAGUAGACCGAGCUACAGUCAAAAGGCCGACCAUCAUAUAACUUGUGAAGAUUAAACAGGGGCACCUCCAGGAGGAUAGGGCACGACUCCAGGAGGACAGGGCACGCCUGAGUCAAAGCGCCUCACUGCCGGUCACAUAAGCUCUGGCAGCGUCAGCAUAUCGAUCCAUCCACUGACAGGCUAAAAAUGCCCCUUUUUGGAUGGAUGAAAUGGCCAAAGUACGAGUCCUACAAACCCACACGCCACCCAGACUCAGAUGCAGUGACAAAAACUCUGCUUCGGGAAUUGAAAUGGCAUCUAAAGGAGCGAGAGAGAUUAAUACAAGAGAUCGAAAAUGAACAGAAAGUGAGGACAGGUGUGGAUUACAACUGGCUGAGGAGCGACCAGAACCCCCACGUGACCAUCCCAGCUACGGAACAAAGACAGCUUGAAGUUCUCUGCUCCCAAGUUCAACCUGGCCAAACAGGAUCCGUUCUCAGCAGAUUUCGAGAAGUUCUGGCAGAAAAUGAUGUACUGCCCUGGGAAAUAGUCUACAUCUUCAAGCAAGUUCUGAAAGACUCCGUGGGCAGCCCCCAGAGAGGCCGGCAACAAGGCGGGCUGGAGCAGCGGGGCUGCCCUGGGGGCUAUGCGGGCCCCAGGGAAAGCGCUGGGCCUUCGGACAAGGAGGAGAUCCCCACUAUUUCAAGUUCCGUAGACAGGAGCACAGAGUGCAGGCUCCCCAGGCUACCAACGGCUUCACACAGAAUAUGGAAGCUGCCGCCAUACUCCCACCCCUCCAGUUAAGCUGCUUCUGAGCAUCUCACAUCAGAACUCUUAACAGUAAUAAUAAGAAAAAGUGAUGUGACUUCAGGGUUCUCCUUGUUCUAAGGUCAGAAAUCCCUGUGGCUGUGUCCUAUGUGUUAAACAGUGUUCCUUCCUUUCUAAACCACUCUAAAAAUGCAACGUUCCCUGAAAACUAAAAUGUUUCCUAAAUAUUUUGAAAAAAACUGUUUGAAGUAUCUUUCUUAUACCUCAAACAGGAACUAAGGCAUUUACUUAGUAUGAAAUUUGACAAACUGUGUGUGAAACUGAGACAUUAACCUUGACCUUUAUUCUAAAGGAAGUUACAUUCAGAAUAAAAUCAGUGAUUGAUGUGAGUCUCAUGUUUCCUGUUAGAGCAUCUGCUGCAGAGCAGUGGUUCUCAGCAGGGAAGGGAGGACGCGGGAGGGAGGAGU